UUAGUAUCGACUUCGUUGAUCAUUCUCAACUCAGGGAGUCCAGGGUAUAAGAAGCUCCGGCACAAAAUUAUUAUAACCAACAAUAUAUAUAUAGGAAUAAAAUAAAUGGUGAACUCAGUUGGAGAAAUUAGAUAUUCAAAGCUCAAUUGUAUUGAUCUCUCCAGCCCUGAUAUUCAAAACUCUGUUUCUUUGCUCAAACAGGCUUGCUUGGAUUGUGGGUUUUUUUAUGUUAUCAAUCAUGGAAUCAGCCAAGAAUUUUUGGAUGAGGUUUUUGCACAAAGCAAGAAGUUUUUCGACCUCCCGAUUGAGGACAAGAUGAAGGUUAUAAAGAAUGAGAAACAUCGCGGAUAUACUCCAAUUCUGGAUGAAUAUCUUGAUCCUGUCAAUCAAAUUAAUGGUGACUACAAAGAGGGUUAUUAUAUUGGUGUUGAAGUACCUGAAGGUGAUCCUAGAGCACAAAAGGCGUUUAUUGGCCCUAAUGUGUGGCCUGCCGCAGAUACGUUGCCUGAUUGGAGAGAAACAAUGGAAAGAUACCAUCAAGAAGCGCUGACAGUAGCAAGAGCAGUGGCAAGGCUCAUAUCCUUAGCAUUCGAUUUAAGGAGUGAUUUCUUUGAUCAACCCGUAAUGCUUGGUGAUCCAAUUGGAAUCCUGCGCCUGCUUCAUUAUGAAGGUCAUGUCUCCGAUUGCAUCAAGGGAAUAUAUGGAGCUGGUGCUCAUACUGAUUUUGGUUUUAUCACCCUCCUGACAACAGAUGAUGUUGUUGCUCUACAAAUAUGUAAGGAUAAGGAUGCUGAACCAAAUGUAUGGGAAUAUGUGGCACCAUUAAAAGGGGCGUUCAUAGUAAAUAUUGGUGAUAUGCUUGAGCGUUGGAGCAACAAUAUAUUCAGGUCGACUUUACACCGCGUGUUAAGGACUAAACAAGAUCGAUAUUCUAUCGCUUUUUUUGUUGAGCCAAGGGAGGACUGUCUAGUCGAAUGUUUGCCAACUUGCCGGUCAGAAGAGAACCCUCCCAAGUAUCCACCCAUCGAAUGUGAGGCUUAUCUUCUCCAGCGAUACAGGGAUACUCAAGCUGACCCAAGCUCAUACAAAAUAGUAUGAAUUAGCUACCUAACUGGAAGCACCAUGAACCACCGGAUCUUCUGGCCUAAUUUCAUUUCCAGAAUUAUUAGCCGAAAUUUAUUGUUAGCUCAAGCUUAACCUUUUUUUUAUUUAUAAUUAUUUCAGACAUUUGAAUCAAA